AUGGCUCUAAACACUGAGAAUAAUUCUUUGAUGUGCAAGUGCUUUCGUACGAGUCUGGCCGGACCAGCUCUGAAUUGGUUCAAGAACCUGCCGAGGGGUUUGGUGGAUAGUUUCCGAAGCCUGUGCGAUCGGUUCAUAAGCCAAUAUUAUGGAAACAAGCGUCCAGCGAAAGAUAUUUUGAGCUUAUUCACAAUGAAGCAACACGCUGAAGAGCGUCUCCAGGCUUUCCUAACCAGGUUUAACCUUACCAAGAGCAUGGUUAUUGAAUGUCACCCUUCAACGGCAGUUCAAGCAUUCAUACUGGCCAUGAAUCGUGGUACCCCAUUCCACACAAGCUUGGUGGUCAACACGCCGAGGACUAUGGAUGAACUUAAUGAAAGAGCCGAUGGAUUUAUGCGCUUGGAAGAAAAAGAGGCGGCAAACGCUCAGAAGACAUCCGUUAUAUCCACGGAAGAAAAGACCAAAGCAAAGAUCAGGCAAAAACAGGUCCAACCGCAACGCUCCUCGUGGAAAUCCGAGAAGAGGCCUAGAGAGGAAGAGCUGAUUACUCCAUUGAAAGUAGAGAUGCUGAUAGCCAGAGGGGAAUUCGCAAGCUAUAUUCAAAGACCAGCGGUGGAGCAGAACCGACCAAUGGAGCAUGUGAAGAAGAAUCAGAAGUCGAAUUCUCACAACACGCAACCAGUUCGAGUAAUUAAUGCAAUUCACGGUCGGCCAGAACCUGCUGAAGAAUCAGAUGAACUGCUUCGAACACGCCUUCGUCAAGCACGGAUGAAGAGAAGGAUAGGCAGUGUAAACACUCUGCACCAGCAGAGCGCAUCAACGCAGAUAAAGUUUGACGCAACAGACUUGUUGCGUGUUCAGAUCCCUCAUGAGGACCCGCUGGUCGUAAGUUUGACAGUGGCCAAAUGCUUGGUGCGCAGAGUUCUGAUUGACCCUGGAAGUAGUGCGAACAUCAUGCCAAGAGAUACAUUCAAUCGGCUCGAGAUCAACCAGGAUCAGCUGAAAUCCACCGGGAAUCCACUAUUAGGGUUUGAUGGAAAGCGAGUGGAGCCCGUCGGCACGGUGGAGGUAGCGGUACAUGCAGCCGAGAGGGUUUUAAUGGAAACUUUUGUAGUUGUUGAAAUUCAUCCCUCUUACAAUCUUCUGAUGGGCAGAGGGUAG